AUGGGAUCGAAUGUCAAGUUUCCAAGAUCAAGCCAAGGUACCGAGGUUGAGAAAGUACAAGAUGUUCGAGGUCGGGAUAUGGCUGACAGAUCGGCAGAGAUCAAGAUCCUGGAAGGCGAUCGACAACCGGUCGAAGAAAUCGAGAUUGAUCAAAAAGACAAAUUGAUCAAGAAGAUAGACUAUCAAGGAGAUCAACGAUCUGUGAUCGUCCAAGAAGAUCGACGAUCAGCGAUCGGCCAAGAAGAUCGACGAUUAGCGAUUGGCCAAAGAGAUCUACGAUUAGCGAUUGGCCAAGGAGAUCGACGAUUAGCGAUUGGCCAAGGAGAUCGACGAUCAGUGAUCGGCAAAGGAGAUCGACGAUCAGUGAUUGGCCAAGGAGAUCGACGAUCAGUGAUUGGCCAAGGAGAUCGACGAUCAGUGAUCGGCCAAGGAGAUCGUCAAUCGAUCGAAGAGAUCGCAUUCGGGGAGAAUGGCGACCAAAGAGGUCGGCGAUCUGUCUGA